UGGGCAGUUCCAUGGGGUGGGGGUGAGAGGCUGGCGGUCCAGCAGGGGAGAGGCAAGGAGAGCACGCAUUCUGGGAAAGUGCGCGGCGGCCAAUGCCAAGCCGGAUUUCUGGGUGCCUAGGAACCCUGAAGCCCAGAGAUACCCGGAGAGGCCCGGACAGAGGGACAAAAGCUGUGGGGAGGUUCCCGCGGAGGGGUCGCAGCCAGCCGGCGCCGUCCCGCCCCCGCAGGUGGGGCGCGCAGGCGCAUUCCCGACACGAGCCUCACGCCGCGCCACCAUCCCGGAUCCUUUGCCGCAGCGUCAGCGCCGCCGCCGCCGCCUUUUCCUCUUCCUCCUCCGCCCCCUCCCUCUCCUCCGCUUCUCCCGAAGUGGUGCCGGGAGCCUGCGCCCAGCCCCAGCCGUGCGGUGCCAUGCUGCCCCAGCGGCGGCGCUGAAGGAUGGCGACGCCCGUCCCUCCGCCCUCGCCGCGGCACCUGCGGCUGCUGCGGCUGCUGCUCUCCAGCCUCGUCCUUGGCUCGGCCCUGCGCGGAGCCGCCGCCGCCAGCCGCCCGGAUGUGGCUGCCUGCCCUGGGAGCCUGGACUGUGCCUUGAAGAGGCGGGCAAGGUGUCCCCCGGGAGCCCAUGCCUGUGGGCCUUGUCUGCGGCCCUUCCAGGAGGACCAGCAAGGGCUCUGUGUGCUCAGGAUGCGACAGCUUCCGGGGAAGGACCGACCCCAACCCAGACUGGAAGAUGAGAUUGACUUCCUGGCCCAGGAAUUAGCCCGGAAGGGGGCAGGGCACUGGAGUCUCACAGCUCCACCCCUGCCCAAGGCCAGACAGCGGCUCCCAGAGGCUGCCACUCUGGGGUUCUCAGAGCUGGGUCAAGGACUCGAACCUGGUCUCCUGUCAACACAGGGAGCCCCUGUGCCCACGUCCCAUACCUCCUGGGGCUCCCCUGUGCCCUCUGAGCCAGUGCACAUGUCCCCCCUGGAGCCCCGGGGUGAGCACGGGGAUGGCCUCACUUUUGUGCUGAUUGUGGCCUUCUGCGUCGCUGGUGGUGCUGCCCUUGCUGUGGCAGCUGUGUGCUGGUGCAGGCUGCAGCAGGCCAUCCACCUGACCCAGAAGGCAGACUAUGCAGCCCCGAAGGCUCCCAGCUCACCUGUGGCACCUCGGAUGUCGCCUGGUGACCAGCGGCUGGCGCACAGUGCAGAGAUGUACCACUACCAGCACCAGAGGCAGCAGAUGCUGAGCCUAGAGCGGCAUAAAGAGCCCAAGGAGCUGGAUUCGGCAUCCUCUGACGAGGAGAACGAAGAUGGCGACUUUACGGUGUACGAGUGCCCUGGCCUGGCCCCGACUGGGGAGAUGGAAGUGCGCAACCCCCUGUUCGACCACACCUCACUGUCGGUGCCCCUGCCUGGCCCAUGCUCACCGCCUGUGCCACAGUGAUCUGGAGGUGGACGAUGCCCAUCUGCUCCAUUAAGAAUGCUUUCAGAUGUGUGCUGGUGGCUGGGCCCUGGGGUUCUGGGCCCUGGGACCACUUACCAGGGAGACUCCUCCUCUAUGCCAGGAGACUUCUUGCCCCCUUGUACUGCUCAUGCUCGGUUUGGACCCCUAAACUGGAGGGGACAGGGAGAACCCUAGAGCCCAGGCAUGGAUGGGGAAUUUGAAAGACAAAAGCCAAUUAAAGUACAUUCAAACCUGUG